UAAAUGUAACGUUUCGCAACCUUCCAUCUCUAAGUUUAUUGAAAAUCAAAAACUAUAAUUUCACUUUAUUUCCCAACAAACCGUUCCGAGAGUUAAUUAAUCUUUCCGAAUUAUACCUCAUGCAUGGCGAGUUAAAAGUUUUACCUGGAGAUUUGUUUUAUAAUCUUCAUAAUUUGACAAAACUUGACUUAAGUGACAAUAAACUUGAAUCGAUUCAUCCACUUGUCUUUAACAAUCUCACCAAACUCGAAUAUUUGGAUUUAGGAUUUAAUGACAUAAAGGAUUUGCCAGUUGACAUGUUGAAAGGUCUUUCUAAUUUAAGGGCAUUUUCUAUUAGUGGAAACAAAAAAUUAGCAGUAAUUCCAUUCGGAUUCUUUAAGAAACUGCACAACUUGAAUAUAUUUUAUGCGUGUUGUUGUUCCUUUUCUUCACUCGAAGAAGAUAUAUUUUCUGACCUAAUUAAUUUGAUAGACGUCGACUUAGGUGUCAACCAAAUUGAACAUCUCCCGAGAAAUCUUCUGAGAAAUAACAAACGAUUGACAGAAUUCUCCUGUUGGGGUAAUGAAAUAUCGACACUUCCGACAGGAAUUUUUCACGGACUUUCUGAACUGCGUUGGUUAAGUUUGCGAGAAAACCGUUUAGAAAAUCUUCCCGAAGAUGUUUUUCAGAGUUUGUCGUCAUUGGAGACUCUGAUUUUAUCAGAAAAUCGCUUGACAUUUUUACCCGAAAACAUCUUCCUCCCGUUGACUAAUUUAACGCGUCUCGAUCUAUCUGACAACAGCUUAAGUAAAAUUAUUAGUGAGCAUCCUUUCGGAAGCAGCAAGCAUCUAACUUAUGUCCAUUUGAUUAAUGCAGGUUUGACACAAUGGCCGGUGAUAAAUUGGACAGAAUACAACUUAACUAGAGUCGAUUUUUCAAAUAAUCAUUUCGAAACCGUCAAAUUGCCAAUUUACACACCAAAUCGCAUGAAAAUUAAUUUGUCUAAUUGUAAAAUCAGAACAAUUUACAUCGAUGACAGGAAAUAUGGAUUUCAAAUGCCUAGUUAUGAUUUAAGUAAUAAUGAAAUUACUUGUAACUACGAACUGCAGCAAUUCAUUUCCGUCUUUAAGUCAAAUAUGGAAGUGGCAAGGAAAAUGUUUCCAAAUAUAGAGAAGACGAAAUGUUUCGGAGAAGAACGAAAUUUGCUGGAUAAUACAUCUUUCGUAAUCAUAGAAAAUUAUUGUCCGAUGAAUUGCGAAUGUUCUGUACAAGAUAAUCUCGUGAUGGUGAAUUGUUCCGGAAAAGGAAUCGACAGAAUUCCCGAAGUUCUUGUUUCGAAUGCGACGGUUGUCGAUUUCAGUAAUAAUUACAUAAACGACUUCUCAGAAGUCGAUUGCGUGACGUGGAGAAACGUCAGCCAUCUGCAUCUGAGUAAUAAUUCGAUAAGUAACAUUUCGGAUUAUGUUCUUUCGACAAACCUCAAAUAUCUCUGGUUGGACGGAAACCGGUUAACCGAAUUACCUUCCGGAUUAAUGCACCUGAUCGACGUUUCUCCGGAAUUUAAGAUUUACUUAUCAAGAAACAAUUUGAGUUGCAAUUCGCAUUCUCUGUUUACUAAAGACUGGUUGCUUAAAAACAGGAAGAAGAUUGUAGAUUUUUCCGAUGUUUUCUGCACCAGAAAUUCGUCUUGUGUGUCUUUCACCGAAAUUGUUUGUAAUCAUCGAUGUAAACAAAUUCUAGAAGAUAAUUUGGCGUCGUCAGUAAAUGUUUCGUGUACAAAAUGCGUGUGUUCGGACGAAGUCAGUUCUGUUUCUGGAUGGAAACUCGCAGUUGCUGUUCUUACUUUGCCAAUGUUAUUAGGAAUUGUACUGUACAUCAAGCGCGGUCUGUUAAGAGUUUUACCCGAAGAUCUAUUUUAUAAUCUUUACGGUUUGACAAAACUGGACUUAAGUUACAACAACAUUGAAUCGAUUCACCCACUUGUCUUUAGAUAUCUCACUCCAUUGGAAUAUUUGGAUUUAAAUUGGAAUCGGAUAAAAGAUUUAUCCAGUGACAUGUUGAAAGGUCUUUCCAACUUAACGACAUUUUCUAUUACUAACAACCGAGAAUUAUCAGAAAUUCCGUCUGGAUUCUUUAAGAAACUGUUUAACUUGACUAAAAUUAAUGCAGAGUCUUGUUCUAUUUCUUCACUCGAAGAAGAUGUAUUUUUUGACUUGAUUAAUUUGAAACUCGUCUAUUUAGCUUACAACCAAAUUGAACAUCUCCCGCUAAAUCUUCUGAGAAAUAACAAACGACUGACACGAUUUUCUUGUUGGCGUAAUAAACUAUCGUCGAUUCCAACAGGAAUUUUUCAUGGGCUUUCUGAACUGCAAUGGUUGAAUUUGCGGAGAAACCGUUUAGAAAUUCUUCCCGUAGACGUUUUUCAGAAUUUGUCGUCAUUGCAGAUUCUCGAUUUAUCAUUCAAUCGUCUGACAUUUCUACACGAAAACCUCUUCCUUCCAUUGAGUAAGUUAACGCAUCUCGAUCUAUUUCACAACAAUUUCACUAAAAUUUCUGGUAAGCAUCCUUUUGGAAGCAGCAAGCAUCUAACUUUUGUCCGUUUAAUUAAUGCGGGUUUGAAACAAUGGCCAAUGAUAAAUUGGACAGAAUACAACUUAACUAGAGUCGAUUUCUCAAAUAAUCGUUUUGAAACCGUCAAAUUGCUAAUUUACACGCCAAAUCGCGUAACAAUUCGUCUGUCUAAUUGUAAAAUCAGAACAAUUUACAUGGAUGAGAGGAAAUAUGGAUUUCAAAUGCCAACUUAUGAUUUAAGUAAUAACGAAAUUACUUGCGACUACGAAUUGCAGCAAUUUAUUUUUGCCCUUAUGUCAAAUAUAAAAGUGGCAAAGAGGAUGUUUCCAAAUAUAGAGAAGACGAAAUGUUACGGAGAAGAAAGAAAUUUGCUGGAUAAUACAUCUCUCGUAGUCAUAGGAAAGUAUUGUCCGUUGAAUUGCGAAUGUUCUGCACAUGAUAAUCACGUGAUGGUGAAUUGUUCCGGAAAGGGAAUCGACAGAGUUCCCGAAGUUCUCGUCCCGAAUGCCACGAUUGUCGAUUUGAGUAAUAAUUACAUAAACGACUUGUCAGAUGUCGAUUGUGUGACGUGGAGAAACGUCACCCAUCUGCAUCUGAGUAAUAACUCAAUAAGUAACAUUUCGGAUUAUGUUAUUUUGCUAAACCUGAAAUUUCUGUGGUUGGACGGAAACCGGUUAACCGAAUUACCUUCCGGAGUAAUGAAUCUGAUCGACGUUUCUUCGGAAUUUAAGAUUUAUUUAUCCAGAAACAAUUUGAGUUGUAAUUCUCAUUCUCUGUUUACUAAAGAAUGGUUGCUUAAAAACAGGAAGAAGAUUGUAGAUUUCUCCGAUGUAUUCUGCACCAGAAAUUCGUCUUCUGUGUCUUUCGCCGAAAUUGUUUUUAAUGAUCGUUGUAAACAAAUUCCAGAAGAUAAUUUGACGUCGUCGGUAAAUGUUUCGUGUACAAAAUGCGUGUCUUCCGACGAAGUAAGUUCUGUUUUAGGAUGGAAACUCGCAGUUUCUGUUCUUACUUCGUUGUUGUUAUUAGGUGUGAUUAUUGUUGUUUCCAUCGUUUAUUAUCGCAGAAGAAGAAAUGACGAGAAAGAGCCAAAGACUGAUCGAGACGAAGUGAUUUUCUACAAUGUUUACACUUGACGAAUUCUGUAAUUACGACAAUUCAAAUAUA